AUGGUCGUCCUCCCCUGUCCUCUAGCGCGAAUAUCUGCCAUGCUUCUUGGCUAUACCACCCUCCUUUCGUUUAUUAUCUCCCAAACCCUCGCACAGAAUGGUCCAGCAGGUUGGACAGCAUCACCGUUUAACGCACCAGCACUUCCACUUGCUGUUCGUUCCCCAUACUUGAGUACAUGGCUUGGACAAGGGAACGCACCCCAGCCUCUGAAUAACCUGUGGCCGAACAUUUGGACGAUAGCGGGAAUCACUGGGUGGUUUUCGUUAGUCGUAGUCGAUGGUAACGCCUACAGAAUAAUGGGCGAGACGGCAAUCUCGAACUUGACACUUGCGAAUCAAACCAGCGUUGAGUUCACAGCAACACGUACCUCUUUCCUUUACACCGCCGGACCGAUGCAAAUUAAUGCAUCGUUCAUAAGCCCCAUCGAGCCAACGGAUCUCGUACGCCAGUCACUCCCGUUUGCUUACUACACGAUGUCUGCGAAGUCACUUGAUGGCAAUGCGCACCAGUUACGAAUGUACUCGGAUAUCUCUGGUGAAUUUAUCACGGGUGAUACCACGGAAAUUGCGACAUGGAACGGAGAUGAUGAGGGCAGUUACGUAGUGCUCUCGAUGCAGUUGCAGACGCAGCAACAAUAUACGGAGUUAGGAAACCACGCGCAGGACGCGACAGAGUAUUAUUCGUUUAAAAAGAUUAGCGGGGCAACAACUACGUGGGCAAUCACAGAAGAUCUUAUCAAUCGUAAUAGAGCAAUGAACAUGAGUUCUCUCGGUAACACCCAGGAUCCAACACCUCGCGCCGUCUCAGUAAACUGGCCAACUCUCGGUAUCGCAGUAGACUGGACAAGUAUCAGUCAGACAUCGGAGCCUGCAGUGUGGUCUAUUGGAUUAAUACGCAACCCAUCCAUUCAGUAUCGUACCCCUUCCGGAACGCUGCAAGACCGAAUACCAUAUUUCAUGACUCAGUAUAGUGAUGGGGUAACAGCGUCAAAAGCAUUUCUCGACGAUUAUGAUCGUGCAGCAUCCGCCGCUGCAGUUCUCGAUGACCAGAUCCGUAGUGCGGGCGGCCAAUAUUCGAACGAGUAUGUGAACCUGCUCGAAUUGAGCGCGCGGCAGGCGAUGGCCACUAUGGAAAUCACAAUCUCAAAAACGGGCGGUGGAGACUGGAACUACACCGACACGAAGGCGUUCAUGAAGAACAUGGGUAACGUCGGGUCAGAUGCCAACGGGAAUACGAUGAGCGUAAAUACUGUUGACGUGCUCUAUGCUGCGUUCCCUGCUCUCCUGUACUUCAAUCCCGAGCUGGGAGGACAGUUGCUUUCGCCACUGUUGGAGUAUCAGGACUCAUCAACCUAUACUCUGAGUUACGCUGCGAGGAAUAUUGGUUCUUCGUAUCCGAAUGCGACAGCGGAUGGCAUCACCGAUACCCACGACUAUCGUAUUGAAGAAACGGCGAACAUGCUCAUUAUGACCCUUGCUUACUCGCAACGAUCCGGGAAUGGGACGUUUAUCAGCAGACAUUACACGUUACUUCGCAGUUGGGCAGACUAUUUGGUAAACAACACUCUAACUCCGAUAAACCAGAAAUCGGCCGACUUCACCCUUGGUUCACAAACGUCGAGUAACAACCAGACAAAUAUCGCGCUGAAGGGUAUUAUUGGUAUCUCUGCCAUGGCAAAGAUGGCAAGCUACGCUGGAUCAAAUGGCGACCAACAGAGGUUCAAUGAUACUGCGUUGUCUUACAUAUCACAGUGGCAAGCCAACACGAUCGCGCCGGACAACUCGCAUCUCAACUUCAUCUAUGGAGACUCGGAUACAAAUGGCUUGAUCUACAACCUGUACGCGGAUAAGCUGUGUCAGCUUAGCUUGGUCUCGGAUCAGGUUUAUCAAGUGGCGACCGUAUUCUAUAACAAUAUAGCUGGCCAGACGAGGUACGGUUUGUCAUUAGACAACAAUGACGCGACAACGUCAGCUGCACAUUGGAUGAUGUUCUCGGCGUCAACUGUGACGAACCUCGCGACCCAGACCUUCAUGGUUAGCCAGUUGAACACUUACGCGUCGUCUAAUCAGAACAACACACCAUUUUCGGCCAAUUUCAAUCCGACGACCGGUAUUGCUACUAUUGGAAAGAACAGUCCCGCUGUUGGUGGCGUGUUCGCUCUGUUGGCGCUUAACACGACAAUUCAGUCGAAAAUAACCAUUCCAACGGAUGGCAGUACGAUCACAGACGGUUCAGGAUCCUCUUCCUCGGGUAAAAAGUCAAACGCAGGUGCGAUCGCUGGCGGUGUUAUCGGUGGACUCGCAGGGGCAGGUCUUAUCGGAUUCGGGAUAUUCUUCUUCAUGCGUCGACGGCGCAUGCAAGUCGAGCAGGAGAAAUACGACACUCGUCCGAAUCCAAUUGGUUCAUACUCGAUAUCUCCGACGUCGUAUUCAAGUGGACCUGGAAAGUUACCAGGGUUCAACGACGGUGCGACAUUCGAACCAUUCCGAUAUGGUGAUUCGACGCACAAUGUCUCUGCAUCUCCUCUUAACCCACAUGGAACCGUCGCGUACACUUCAAUAUCACCUGGUACACUUCCUGUAGGCGACGCAGCAGUGUACGCUUCGACUGCACAGAACGUACGAGACAGUACGUACUUCCGCACACACCGACCCGGAGAGAGUGACGAUAUUGGACCGAGUGCCUCGCAAGUAGGCAGUUCAACGACCAGUUCGGGUCGUGGCUCAGGUCGCGGAUCGAGUCGAGGUGGUGGAAGUUCAGGACGAGGACGAGGACAAGGAUCGUCCAGCGAUGGGACAGCGCCUCAACAAGUUAUGCUCGCGAAGCAAACACUCUUGAAUGAGGAACUUCGUUCUGAGGUCGAUAACCUCCGACGAGACCUCGAGCGGAUACGAGAAGAACGACAUGUGGGAGUAUCUGUCGUACACGAAGAUGCACCGCCUUCAUACGACGAACCAGCGUAAUCUGUUUCAGCUCGUUUUAUUUCAUUUUCAUCUCAUCUCACCUCAUCGUGCUCUCGUCUUGUUUUAUGCAAUUCGUAUUCUAUCCUAUUGGUUUUGGUUUCUUGGACGUCAGUCGCGCAUUGCGGGUGGACGUUUUUCGUCUCAUGUACUGAAGUUUUGUAUGUAUAUAGACAUUUGUUGGAUCGUCCCGUUCUUCUCGAUUGUUUUAUCCCUUUCGCUUCUAUCAAAUUCACUCGCAAUUAAAGAGUAUCUAUCUGAAGCUAUGUCAUCGUCUUCCCCAGAAUACCUCUCUUAUCUUGUCUCGUCAUACCUCGCAAUCAUUCCUAUACGUAUCAAACACCCCACACGCUCUUUUCAGUGUAAUUUGCUGUUUAAAC